UACGAGCUGCUGACGACAGUGACAACGAGUUGUAAAUAAUUAACAUUAUGGCAUCUAGCAAAGUUAAUGUGCAGCAGAAAUUAAAAAAUGAUAUGGUUGUUUUUGUUGAAUGUGGUGACAUAUUCUCCGUCAAAGCUGAUGUCUUAGUUUAUAGUUCUGGAUCAUCAAAGAAGAACCCAGGUGCAAUUGCACGGCAGUUGGACAUACGCGGAGGUGUGAGUUACAGGGAUGCACUUGCCAAGUUACACAAAAAACACAAAUUCCUUGUAGAAGGAAACAUAUAUGAACUGCAUCCAGGUGAUUUAUACAUAGAAUUUAAUAGUAUCUACUUAGCAGUAACAACCAUGUACACUGGACGUACCAGCACAGAUUUAUCAAAAUGGGUAGAGGAACUUAAGAAAUUGUAUUCUACAAUACUUCACAAGGCAGAAAAGAGUAAAAGAAAAAUGAUCACUUUACCCAUUUUGGGAUCAGGUUUGGCAAACGGACCAGUUGAUAAGUGUAUAAAAGCAGCUAUUGAAAGUUUUAAUUAUUUCAAACGUAAACAUUUAUUAUUCAUUAAUAUAGUUUCUAAUGAUUACAAUACAUACUUAAAGAUAUGUGAUGAAUUAAAGUCAAGGGCACCAGUAGACACUAAAAUUACAUCAUCAUCUACAAGUUCAAAAAACAGUUUUAAAAAAUCCUUUGAUACUGAUGCAACACAUUCAAUAAAACAGAUGCCAGGGGGACGGAGCUAUGCUGAUGUCACUGUUUCACAAAAGAAUGAUGGUAGUAGAUCGCAAAAUAUUGAUGAUAUGCAAUGUAAAACAGAAAAAACCAAAACAAAACGCAGAAUAUCAAAGGAGAGAUCCAAAUCCCCAAAUUGUCAACGUACUAAUGAGAGCUAUGAAGACGUAGAAAAUAAUCGUCUUUGCCUUAAGUUUGGGGCAGCUAAUGACGUCUGUCCAAUUGCAAGAGGUAAGGAUCCUGAAUAUGAAAAUACCUUACAAAGAGAAAUGCAAAAUGGCAGUGACGAGGAAGAAGAUGACAUUGAAACUUGCGCUAUCUGUAUGGAUGUAGCUUAUAAUCCAAAAUGUUUGAGUAAAUGUGGCCAUGUUUUUUGUACAGAUUGUAUUGAGACCUGUUUUAAACUUUACAAACCUGUCUGUCCAACUUGUGGAACAACUUAUGGUAUUUUGAAAGGUGAUCAGCCAACUGGUGUCAUGAAGAUCACAAAGUCCAAAAGAGGAGUAGAAGGAGAAGAAAAUUGUGGCUGCUAUGAGAUAAAUUAUGCUUUUUCAUCUGGUGUUCAAGAUGAGAAUCAUCCAAAUCCAGGCACCAGGUAUUUACCUACAAGUCGUACAGCCUAUUUACCGGCUACAACCAAGGGUAAAAAUGUCUGUAAGAUGUUAAUAGUAGCAUUUAUGAGAAAACUGAUUUUUACGGUGGGAAGAUCGACAACAACCGGACAAGAAAAUCGUAUUAUGUGGAAUGAUAUACGCCAUAAAACAUCCAUGUCAGGCGGUCCGAUGUACUUUGGUUUUCCAGACCCCACAUAUUUGAAACGUGUAAAGGAAGAAUUAGCCAGUAAAGGAAUAACAGAAGAUGACAUCCGAGAUGUUAGACUACAUGAUAGUGAAGUCAUCUAUGCUUAAUGUAUAUAAAUAUGACUUAACAAUUGACAAUAAUGACCAUAUUGUAUAAGGCCAUUGUCUAGCUAAUCAGACUUGAUGACGGCAGCAAAGACAACUUGAAAAUAAAAUAUUAAAGAUAUAUUAUGUAAGAUUGAGAUAAAGGGCUGAUUGUUUUUAUACGCCCACAUUGAAAUGUGGUCGUAUAUUGUUGUCACCCCCGGCCUUGUGGACGCUCUAUAGGCUAAAGUUAAUAUCCUAUUGACUUUAAAGGUCACCGGAAAUGGUUUAUAAAUUUUUUAAAUAAUGCAAGUAAUUAUGUCAACAUAUCAUUUCCAUAAGUAUAACACGAACCCGAAUGUCAAUAUUACCUGCAACAGGUAAAUUUCAACGUUAGCAAUUUCCGCCAUUCUCCGAGGGUAGUCGUAACUUUCCGUAAAUGUGACGUCAUUUUAGUCCCUCUGCUCAUAUUCUAGUCUAUAUUUCUAUGUGCAGAAGGACUAAAAUGACGUCACGGAUUGCUUAUUGACGGAAAGUUCCGACUACCGACGGAGAACUGGCGGAAAUUACUAAUGUUGAAAUUUACCUGUUGCAGGUAAUAUUGACGUUCGGGCUCGGGUUAUACUUAUGGAAAGGAUAUGUUGACAUAAUUACUUUCACUUUCUUAACGUUAGCAUGGGGCAGAACUUUAUAAAAACCAAAUUCUAAUGGUUUUCUGAUAAUUACUUGUUACUCUUAAUCAGAUUUUAAUGUAUCAUAAAUGUUUCAUUACCGAAAAAAGUAAAAAUAUGCGACAACUCUUGUUGACUGCCCGUACGAUAUAGCUGCUGUGGGCGUAUGUUUCGUUGCCUGGCAACCUAUCUUUUCUAUAAUAGUUAACAAAUAGAUAAUGAAAAAUGAAUAUAUUGAAAAUUUGAUUCAAAUUACUUUAUUCUGAGUGAAGUUAUUACUGUUUGAAGAUGUAUCGUAGAUCAUUUAUUAUCAUAGUAAUGUUACUAGAUAAAGGUGAUUAAGUCUGGAUUAUCCAUUUUGUCCAUCCGAUGGUCUGGAGAGUUAAUUAUGGGGCUUGUAAUGUUAAUAAAUGUCUAAAUAAAACAUUGGAAGCCAAAAUAACGACUUACCGCUUUAACCCUUAAAAGCCUGACUAGAAAUAAUUGAAUGAAAAAUCUUCCACUGAGUCAAUAACUACCUAUCUAAUGAUCCAAGAAUUCGGAAUGGCAGUUUCAUUGCUCCAUAUCCAGGUUUGUGAUUUAUUGCAGAGAUACUAGAUAAAGUUCUAUUUCCGCAGGACAGAGACACUCGUUUGAACACUCCAGAAUUAAAUUCUGGUGAACAAGACGAUGUGGGACCACAAUUAUAUUUCAAGUGAAUAAGAAAAGGCUGUCUAUAAUUAUAUACAUAUAAUUGUUUGAGACUUUUUAGUGUCUUGUAAACACUCCUGUUAUUUUUCCGUCUAUUGAUUUACCCAAAACACACUGUAUUUCAAAUAAAACAACACAUUUUUAUUGUUUUUUUCUUUCUUUUUAUAUACAUAGAUGUUUAAUAUAUUAUAUCAAAACUUUACCCUUUUUUUUAACAGAAUGACAACUCUUAUUGUUAUGCUAAUUAAUUAUAUUGAGUGAGUGUUGCGUUGUAUUUAUAUAAUAUUAAAUAAACCGUGAG